ACGUCACCGAGCGGCGUCCGGGCCGCGGGUUGAGCGGGAGGCGCGAGUGUCCGGCCGGGGGCUCCCCGCGGGGGCCGGGCCAGGCGUCCCCGGGGCCGCAGCCGGUGACGGCCAGGAUGACCACGCUCACGCGCCAGGACCUCAACUUCGGUCAAGUGGUGGCCGACGUGCUCUGCGAGUUCCUGGAGGUGGCCGUGCACCUCAUCCUCUACGUGCGCGAGGUGUACCCCGUGGGCAUCUUCCAGAAGCGUAAGAAGUACAACGUGCCGGUGCAGAUGUCCUGCCACCCGGAGCUGAACCAGUAUAUCCAGGACACCCUGCACUGUGUCAAGCCCCUCCUGGAGAAGAAUGAUGUGGAGAAAGUGGUGGUGGUAAUUUUGGACAAAGAGCACCGCCCGGUGGAGAAAUUCGUCUUUGAAAUCACCCAGCCUCCACUGCUGUCCAUCAGCUCAGAUUCCCUGCUGUCUCACGUGGAGCAGCUGCUCCGAGCCUUCAUCCUGAAGAUCAGCGUCUGUGAUGCGGUCCUGGACCACAACCCCCCAGGCUGUACCUUCACAGUCUUAGUGCACACGAGAGAGGCUGCCACUCGCAACAUGGAGAAGAUUCAGGUCAUCAAGGACUUUCCCUGGAUCCUGGCAGAUGAGCAGGACGUCCACAUGCACGACCCCCGGCUGAUACCACUGAAAACCAUGACGUCUGACAUUUUAAAGAUGCAGCUCUACGUGGAAGAGCGAGCUCAUAAAAGCAGCUGAGGGUGUGAGUGGCCCCGGCAGGGAUGCUGCAACGGCUGGACGUCGCCGGAGCCCCAGCCUAGGGCAGUGCUGCGGGGCCACCCUGGUUUCAAGUGCUCUUACUGCCUCGGGGUAUGGACCGGCCCCCCUCCAGCGCGGCGGGCUCAGGUCUGGCUGCCUUCGUGGACGGAUUCGCCCCAGGAGGGCAGGGACGAUGCUCGGACCUGGAUUCCUUAUCUUAGCUCCUGUGGUCUGGCCGGUCAACACGGUCUGUCUCAAACACUG